AUUACUAGUAAUCGUCAGAACGAUCAGAACAUAUACAAUCUGUUAGCGUCGAUAAAAUAUCAUUUUAGCGAUAUUUUAUACAUGUUCUGUGUAACAUAUAUGUUGUGCAGAACUUUAUGCACAGUGAGUUAAAAGUAUAAUAAUUUUCACAGUAUGUGAUUAUAUGGAAAAAAGAUACAAUACAUAAUAAUAUACAAUACGUGAAAUAUUAUUAAACGAAAUGGCUACGGAAAGCUUGAAAUAUAUUUAUCACUUACCAUUUUUUGAAAGGUCAGAAUUUUGCAAAAUUAUGAAUCAAAAUGAUAAAUGGGAAGAGCUAGCUGGUACCUGGAUGAAGUACGAUGUUCUAACAAUACAGAGUUUAAGAAAGGAGAAGAAUCCCACAGAUGAACUUUUGACACUAUGGGGUCAUCACAAUCAUACAAUAAUAGAAUUAUUUGUUUUACUAUCAAGAAUGCAACACUAUCAGUCAAUGGUACCUUUGUUACCCUUUGUCGAUCAAAAAUUUCAUCAACUUUUGCACAAUGGAGAGGCUAAUUUGCAGAAUAUACCACGCAAGCAGUUGAUCAAUAAGAACACUAAAGAUUUAAAGAUUGGAACACAGAACUUUAAUCAACGUGCAUCGCCACAGCAAAGUGUUGAUAAGAUUUUAAAUCAGCCACUGACUAUUAGUCCAAGCAAUUCUAAUAAUUUGCUAGUAGCCUCGCCAGGAGCGGCUGCUGUCUUUCUACCAUCUUCACAAAAUACUGGCAGUAAUGGCAAAAAGAUCAAUGAAUCACCACUACCAAAAACAGAAACUACUUUGCCGCAUGCAAGCUAUAGCGAAUUAGCUAUUGCUACAAAUGGGUGGAAUCCGCACAAUAUAUUGGGUAAAGGUGGUUUUGGAACAGUAUAUAGAGGAAUUUGGAAAAACACUGAUGUAGCAAUAAAGAAGAUUCGACAAAAAGGGCCUGAUUCAGAUGAAAGUUAUAUUCUACAACUCCAACAAUCAUUAAAAGAAAUAAAAAUUUUGAAUUCUCGUGCUCAUGAAAAUAUUUUACCUUUAUACGCAUACAGUUUUGGCGGCGAGGCACCGUGUUUAGUUUAUCAGUUAAUGAAGAACGGAUCUUUAGAGGACAGACUUCUAUUAAGACAAAAAACUAAACCAUUAACGUGGAUACAAAGACAUGAGAUUGCCAAAGGUAUAGCACGCGGAUUGCAAUACUUGCAUAUCAUAGGAGAGAAACCAUUGAUUCACGGUGAUAUUAAGAGUGCGAACAUUUUAUUGGAUAAAAAUUUCGAGCCCAAAAUUGGCGAUUUUGGCUUAGCAAGAGAAGGUCCUGAAAGGGAUAGUAUGAAGAUCAGCAAGAUUCACGGAACAAGACCCUAUCUACCUGAAGAAUUUUUAUUUGACAAAAAAUUAUCCACAAAAAUAGAUACCUAUAGUUACGGCAUAGUUUUAUUCGAAAUGGCAACUGGACUUCGGGCUUACGACGAUUCACGGCCUGAGAAGAAAUUUUUACGAGAUUUAAUCGAUGCUUGGGAAGACAAAGAUCUUUUUCUAUUGAUAGAUAAGAAGGCUGGUGAAAAAGAUAAACAAGUUUAUAAAAAUUUAUUAUCUUUGGGAAAAUGGUGUGCUAAUCGAUUGGCACAAAAUCGACCGGAAAUGGAACUUGUAUUUCGAAAAUUGAAUGAUUUAUAAACACAUUCAUAAUUACAGCAUAAUAUAUGUGUGCCUUUUAAGAUCGAGCAAACCAAAUCACAUAUUUAUUUCAAUUGCAAAUAUGGAAACAAUAUACUUAUAAGGAGCAUAUUGUGAUAUAGUAAAUUAUGACUGAUGCAUUGUAAAUAUUAUUGUGACGGAAAAAAUUAUUCAUAUUUUUAUAUUAUAUAUGCAUUUCAUAUUAUAUAUAUUAUAAAGUAUUAUGUGAAGUGUUAUGUUGUUUAGAUAAGUUUUAUUAACAAAUUUUAUAUAAUUGUUUUAAUCAGCUUUACUAACAAAUGUUUUAUGUAAUGUUGCAAAAUAAAGAAUAUUGAUUAUACUCAGAUUCGCUUUAUCAUAUUUUGCUUAGUUUAUUAUAUCCUUAAAAAUCGAAAUAAAACUCGAUUACCAUAAAUUUUAAACGUUUUUAAUCUUUUAGAUAUUCUUAUUAGAAGCCUGUAUUAUAUACUGAAAAAAAGGAAUAUUAUUAAGUAAUCAUUUUCAUAAUGAUCAAUUAAUUUAUUUGUGUUAUUUUUUGUAUAUACAAUAUAUUAUUAGUGAAAUGUUCAUAUUUAUGAGUAUUAAGGCAUAAAUCGAAAGUUAAUAUGUGAUAAUAUAUUUUUUAUAAAAUGCACAAUUUAUGAUUGUAGAGUUUUAUUUUGAUUUUUAAAGGAUAUAAUAAAAUGAAUUUGUAUAUAGUUAAUAUUCUUUAUAUUGUGCAAUAUUACAUUAUAUAUAUGUAAAUAUAUAUAUAUAUAUAUAUAUAUAUAUAUGUAUAUAUAUGAACUGUAAUAGCUUGUAUAUAAUCUUAUUGCUUAUGCUUUCAAUUCCAUGUCUAUUUGAUUUGAACUAUAUUUAUCACAACACUUCGGUAAUUAUUUUACUAACUAUAUACUUAAAACACAAUUAAUUCGAAAUUUGUACGAUAAAAUCUUAUCUUUGUUUAUCUACUUUUUGUGGUCAAGUUUAAGAAUAACAUAUAAUAUAAUAAUUAAACAUAAAAUAUUAUUUUUUAUAUUAUAAAAUAUUAUUUCUUAUAUAAUUCUUAUAUUAAUUAUCAAAACAUAAUCUUCGUAUAUAUAUUAUGUACAUUUAAUCGCAUAUACAUAUUAU